UGAGGGGGGGGGGGGGGGGCACGUGAAUCGGGGGGUGUGUCGUGACCCGUGUCGGGCGAUGCCGCAACAUCAGGAAAGUAGACCCAACAGCAGACCCAAAAUGGCCCCGGUGUCGUCGCUGCGAGCGGCGCUGCUCGUGUCGUUCUCGGUCUCCCUGACCGUGCUGCUCGGCUUGGGGCUGCCCGCGCUGCUCAACGCGCUCAUGAGGCCGCUGGGUCUCCCGGAGACCAGCGUCACCGAGUGCAUCGUCGUGCUCUACUUGGUUGGCGUGUUGUGCCUCGCGACGCCCCGAAUACCCAGAGGAUCGGUGCAGCGGCAGCGAGACGAGUGUGAGCCGAGUGCCCAGGGACCGUCUGCAAAGUGCAUUGGCCGAAAACACGAGCGCCACAAAAAAAUCAAUAGGUUCACUGCUCUUUACUGUAGUGUUGCCAAAAUCACCGAGGACAAAGAUGAACUUCCCAUGGUCACACUGCAGCUCUUACUUUUGGACAAAAAAUGCUGCAGCCUAAUUUUGGUGAGUGGGAAGGCUGUGCUCAUCACGGGUUGUGACAGCGGAUUCGGCCACGCGCUCGCCAAACAUCUGCACGGCCUCGGCCUCACCGUCUUCGCUGGAUGUCUUCUGAAGCAUAAAGGUGGAGAGGGGGCAAAGGCGCUGGAGGAAUUUAAUUCGGACCGCAUGAAGGUCGUCCAGCUGGACGUCUGCAGCGAGGAGCAGGUGAACCAGGCGGUUGAAUAUAUCAAAGACAACAUCGAGGACUCCGAGAGAGGUCUGUGGGCGGUGGUGAACAACGCCGGUGUGUCGACCUUCGGCGAGGUGGAGUUCACCUCUAUGGACACCUACAGGCAGGUGUCAGAGGUCAACCUGUGGGGCACCAUCAGGGUCACCAAAGCUGUCCUGCCGUUAAUCCGCCGGGCCAAAGGUCGAGUUGUGAACGUGGCGAGCAUGUUUGGGAGGAUGGGCAACGCCAUGCGGUCGCCUUACUGCGUGUCCAAAUACGGCGUAGAGGCCUUUUCCGACUGCCUGCGCUACGAGAUGAAGACCUGGGGCGUUAAGGUGUCCAUCAUCGAGCCGGGGAACUUCAUCGCGGCCACCGGCAUCUUGACCCGGGACGCCGUGGCCACCACGGCCAACAAGCUGUGGAGCGAGGCCCCCCCGGUCGUGAAGGAGGACUACGGGAAGGCCCACUUCGAGUGCCACGUGGCCCAGAUGCGCUCCUACUGCGGCAGCGGAGUCAAGGACGCCGCGUCCGUCCUGGACGACAUCGCAGACGCCGUCGUAUCCAAGCGUCCUCACACGCGAUACAACCCGUCGGAGCCACACUGGUGGAUCAGGCUUCAGAUGAUGACCCACCUGCCUGCCGCCAUAUCCGACCGGCUCUACUUCUAGAAGAGAAGUAGAGCUCGGAUCACAGACGGCAGCAGAUUCUCUCAUCCCGAACAGGGCUCUCUGCUCCGUAUUCCUCAGCACUUGAAAUCAUUCACUGAUCAAAGCCUUACAGCCUUAUUCCACUCUGCUUUUUUUGGUACAUCUUACAAAUACCGCAACUUUAUCUUUACAGAUAUACUCAGUGAUAAGUAGCAACUACUUUGUCAUGGAUGUCAUGUCAGCGGGACUGCGACCUGUAAACGUCUUUAUUGCUUGCGGUGAUGUUAUCUUUAGAAAAAAAAGAUGUCUCACUCAUGUCUUUCUUUUUUCCUGAUACUUGUGAUUUUUUGGGAAUCCUCCGGGGGCCGCAACUGGCACAGGGACCGAAGCCGGCGGAGCUGAAGAGAAGAUCUCCUGCUGUUCUGUUGUGGCCGCCGCCGGAAACAAACCAACGUCAGCCACUGUAAAACAUUUGGCUCGACUCGCCCCCGAAGUUACGUAACGGCGAGACAAGCCCACUCUGUCUCACAUGCGCCUUCAGAUCCUGCGUGCUCCUUGGACAGUGGCGUUGAUUGAUGUGAUUAAUGGGCAGUGCCUGGACAAAAAGGAAGCCGCCCCUCCUUCGCUUUCUUUCGAGUAUUUUGUAUAAGAAUGAAUAGAGCAUUUUAUUUUGAAACUUAACUGAAUCACGGUGUCACUUGUCAACGAACGAUUUGAAAUAAAGUGAGCAAAAAUGUGA